UAGAAUCAAGACCAGCGAGUAGAGAAAAGAUCGCCACUAGCAAUCACAAGUAGACGAGUAAAAACGACAGGAGAAAACUCACGCAAGAAAGCAUUCGGUCACCUAUCAGCAUGUCGGAAGAACCACCAUUGAAGAAGAAAAAGAAGAAGAAACCGAAGCCUGCGUUGUCACAGAUUAGUGUGGAUGGUGACGAUAAUGGACUAUCAGUAUCCACUUCCGAAGGUAGAAGGAACGUAAACAAGACCAAAAAAAAGUCUGCAGCCCCGGAAAUGACUACAUCUGAUGGCAAUGAUAAAGGUGAUAACAAUGCAGUUCCAAAAAAGAAGAAAAAGAAAAAGCUAGUGCAAUCACCAUCAGAUCCUGUUGGAAAAAGAAAUCAUUAUAAUAAAAAAUAUAGAGAACACAACGACGACGAUCAAAGAAGCUAUGACGACCGGAGAAAUAGAGAAUACGACGAUGAUGGCGAUAGCUUCGACGAUCGCUACCGCCACCGGAGAAAUCACGUGGCCAAGGAUUAUAGAAAACACGAUGAUGACGGCAUGAGUGAAAUGGGGGAUGACGAGCCUAUGGACGAAUACGGACGAGAAUAUGACCUUAGUGACGACGAGGAUGACGAGGAGCCUCGUUUUAAAUACAGCACCGCAGAUCUUGCUAAUAGUAAUUGGCGCAACUCAACGUGCUGUCUGAUUACAGCAGGGAUAUUUUUCGUUAUCAUCGCCGUCGUGGUGAGCGUUAUGAUGGCGAAGAAGAUGAAUGCAGACAAACAGCGCUUCCUCCUUGCACGACAGCAUCACCUGAGAUGGGUUCACUUACCGCAAGCUAACGUUGACUUACCUGCUCAGGACGCCACUCUCCCCUGAGCAUUGUAGCACAUUGACGAUUGUUGUAGGCUGCCAAUGGAAAUUUUAAGUGCGUUAAUUCUAGGGGAUAAGUUUAUCUCAACUUUUGUGCUCUUUUUAUGUCGUCAAUUGGCGAAAGUCCUGUCGAUAGUUACAGCGGAAAAGUCAAUGGUCAUCAUCCAGUAGUCAUGACAUCAGAAAUCAAUUAAUCAAGUUCAAAAAUAAACUUUUUAUUUGCACCAUAAUAAAAUUUCAAACAGCAAUCCAACUUUUGAUCUUCAUUUGGUGUAUGUGCGUGCGCAUACAAAUAUAUUGUAGGGUGGUCGAGAAGAAGAGAUCUUUUGAAACAAAUGCCACUUUUAAACAAAAAUAUCCUAUAACGAACAAUUCUGUUCGUGUCGUACUAGCUUGAGCACAUCGUUUAAACUAAUGUCGUUUGCAGCUUCUGCAUCCUUUUGCCCCAUCGUUUGGGCUUUGGCAGAAGAAACUAGACUCGCCUUCAGGUACAUCUUCCUUAUUCUGUUAUCAUUCUUGAAACCCAAACCAUUCUGAUCUUCCUGUUCGUCUAGAACAAGCAUACGGGCAUAUGCUUUGAAUUCUUUUCGUUCUGUUGCAGCUAUCCUUGUUCGACAUUCGAGGCCUCUAGCUGUAUGAUCGUCAUCAUCUGUGAACCCUAUUGUGGAUUUUGCGCCCUUCAUCAUCCUUCUGACAGUUUCGAUAGCUCGCUUUUUUAUUUCUACAUAAUCGUUGUCCUGGUACCAUAUUUCUCGUUGUUGUUCCUCGGUAUAAUAGUGGCGAGGCUUAAUCCUCUUGACUCUAGCGGUUUUUUCGAACGUAACAGUUUUUUGGAAGGUGUGAUGCUCGGUACUCAAACUCGUAUUUGCCGUGGAUGAAUCGGUGCCAUGUAGUGACGUGGGAUAGAGAUUGGUGUGGUCCGUAGACGAUGAUUCUUGUUUCCCUAGCUCUUGACUACUUUGUCUUCGGAAAAUGUUUUGUCGUCGUAUUUUUUGUGAAUGAAUACCGACAUCGUCACGUUCUUUUGAUGAAUCUUCCUUGUAAAAGGAUGAGCUGGUUGACACUACAGACCGUCCAUAUGGACUGUAUUCCGACCCGGGCACCUUCCUAAGCGGCAUGGGUCGAAAGUUAAUCAUUGUCAUUGCACAAAAUCUUUGAUGGGCGAAGAUCGUUGAUGUAAUGUAUCUCCUGCUAACGGUUUUGGAAUUUAUGAGGAAAGAUGUCGUGAGGAAUUACGCGAACUUUUCCCAGUUGCAUGAGAAAACAAUAACAGUUGGUACAUGAGCACGUACUCGUACCGUCAACACCGUUUGAUCAAUUCAUCAAAAUAAUGAUUAGCGCUUGUC